AUGCCUCUCUAUAUCCCUCCAUCGCUGCGGAUAUUGUUGCUCACGCUCCUCACGAGUCGCAGAACAGAACAGGCGCAGACUGUACAGAACAUACACUCGAACUACACUAUAAACGGUCAAUUCACGUUCCCAGGCUUGGAAAUUGGAUCUGAAAGCGAAUGGAAUGUGUUGUUAUCUGGUCCUGAGCCCGCACCACUGGGUUUCCAGUACAUCCAGGACAUGUUGCUUGAUGAUCCCCAGUGGUCGUGGCAAAACUAUACAGACUCCCUUGUUUCCUUGGCCGAUGACGAAAACCCUAGAAAUAUCACUGCCGACGACUUCGCCGCCAUGUCCCAGUAUUUUUCAAACAGGGGUAAAGUGCUCAUGUACCACGGAAUGGCCGACGGGUUGAUUCCAACUGGUAGCUCGACAUACUUUUACGAGUCAGUCGCCCGUGAAUUUGCAGGACACAGCAGCAUCUUUAAGACUAUAUUUCAAACAAGACGCUGUCUUUAUGAAUUUACGAUCGCGGGGUUUCAAUAG